AUGCUGUCCUACCUCGCCAGCUACUGGCCUACCUGGCUGUCGUUGCAGGCCCCCAACCAAGAUGGAGAGGAAACAGAGGUCUCUACCAGUGGAUGCAGUGCAGACAACGAGCGUGAAAGUCAUCCCACCCCAGGUCCAGAAGAGAAACCGAUCCUGACCGACGGUGUAAAUCCGAGUAUCACCAGUGAACAACCUGCUCCGACCCCAGAAACACAGGACCGAAAGAUUCCGGUGAAAUGUUCAAACUUUGACUGCGAAGAGCCUGGUACUAGGCUCUGCUCUGGCUGUAAAUCUGCUUUUUACUGCUCUGGGCCUUGCCAAACCGAACAUUGGGAAAUACAUGUGUGGGAUUGUAAAGUACCUAUCCAUACAGGUCACUAUCUUCGAAAGGCCUGUCUUCACGACCUUUUGCCUACCCAUCAACAAACACGGUUUGAUUAUGGUUUCGAGAGAGCUGGGUCGUACUGUAGUAAUCUCCUUGGGCUGUAUCAGGGCCUCUGGUACAUCAACCAAAGUCUGACCUCGAAGGAGCUCAAUCGGUGGAGGAAAAACGGUCUAUUGGUAUCCAAGAUCAAGGAGACAUUCGAGUCGGUUCCAGCGCAGUGCCGUGGGGGUUAUUACCCCUGGUUUCUUCAAAACCAGUGGAUUCUUGAUGAAUCACCUAUUCCAGAACAAGAAGGGGCACAAGCAGAGGUAGAGCGUAUGUCAAAGAGGGCUUGGGAUAAGAUAGGGAAGGAUUUGAGUUCGGAAAUGCCACGAUGGCCAGUGGAGAAGAAGGAGUGCUUUGGGCAUUACGCAAUGGCACUAUCUCGCGGUCGUCCCCCUCCUAGCACGAAUUUGUGGGUUCAUGCGGGUUACUGUGCUGCGAGUGGCGAAUUCGAGGAAAGCCAACUCGGCAUCGCGUAUUGUCAACUUUUUGAACGUUGUACGUUCGACGAAUAUUGCGUCGCUUACAAGUCGAGUGCGGUAUACAAUCUGAUGGAGAAGUACAAGGCUCUGCCUUCUGGUUUACCUUCCCUCCUCGACAACCUGCGCAUCGUUUUGUUAUCCUCUCCGAUAAUGCAUCAAUCCGUCUGGUGGCUCAAGCAAUGUAUUGAUGACGGGUUGGACGAAUUCCAACCAAGCCGUUCAGUGGUAGUGGAUUAUGGCUUCAUCAAUUGCAAGUCAGUGCCAGAGCGUGAAGCGCUGGUUAACAUAUACCGCACUGCUUUUCGUUGCAGGGACUUUGACGCAAUGAAGUUGCACGAGGCGUGCAUUCAAGGCAAGAUUUAUGGAUAUGUGACGCAGAUCGUUCCGUUAAAGAAGAAGGGUGAAAUACGGACGAUGAAGAGACUAAUGAGGAACCCAUAUCCUCUCCCUCUUCUUUGA